UCGCUGCAUAGUUGCAUCGCUGCGGGAAACCAUAUAGCAGCAAUGCCGCGAUGGCGCCUCUCCAUGCUAGGCCUGGCACGCGCGCUGCAGCACACGACGCCGCGACGGCUGCGCACGACGCUGAGCGCCGAAGCCGCCUACGCGGAACUCGUCCUCAAGACGAACCGCGACGCCGACGUGAGCGCGGAGUCGCUCAGCGAGCUGCUCAUGGAGUGUGCCGGAGCGCUGUCCGUGAGCGCCUCCGACGCGAACGCCGGCACGGCCGACGAGGAAGCCAUCUUCGGGGAACCACCGACGGAUCUAGACGUUUUUUUGGAUGAAGAUCGAUGGCGGUCCGAGGCGUACUGGCAAAGCGCGGAGGUGCGGGCGUUGUUCGCGUCUGAAAGUGAUGCGCAAGCGGCGCUACGAUUCGUCGAGAACACACUUGGCGCAGAAGCCGUCGCCGGUUCAAAGAUAGACGACCUCGCGAAGGAUGUCGACUGGCUCGCCGUGCAGGAAGCUGCAAGACCGGUCGUCACGGUCGGCGAGCUCGAGAUUCUGCUGCCCUGGCACGAGACGUCGUCCGACCCAUCAGUGGCCUCGAGGCAAUUGAGGGUCGAGGGCGGCGCCGCCUUCGGGACCGGCGAGCAUCAAACCACAAGGAUGUGCUGCGAGUGGCUGCAAGAAACGAAGUUCCCGGCGUUUUAUACGAUGUGCGACUACGGCUGCGGUUCCGGUAUUUUGGCCUUGACGGCGCUGCGGUUCGGGGCCGCGUGUGCCGUGGGUAUUGACAUCGAUCCCGAUUGCGUCAAGGCGGCGGAGCGCAACCGGGCGUCGAACGGCUUCGGGGUCAAUGAGGCGCGGUUCUAUUUACCAUCAUUAGAUGCGGGCGGCGACGCGUCGUCGAUAGCGUACGUGAACAAGCGCUUCACGUCGGCGCCGGAGGGCGUGGCGCCGUUCCCGGAGGGCGAGCUGCCCUGCGACGUCGUCGUGGCGAACAUCCUGUUGCGGCCGCUCCUGGCGCUGCGCGACACCAUUUUAGCUAAAGUGCGGCCGGGCGGCGCCCUGGCCAUGUCCGGCGUGCGCGUCGACCAGGUCGACGACGUGCUAGGGGCCUACGCUUCGUCCUUCGAGACGGCGGCGGUCGACCGAGAGGUGGACGGCUGGGUCCUGAUCGCGUGCCGGGGUAAGUUGUAG